UAAAGGGAAGUGGGUGUUGACCCGCGGGCAACUGAAGCUGUUGUUUGGUUGGACCGGGGACGGUGCGGUUACCGGGCUUUCUGGAGACGCGGACCGGUGAAUUUAGGUGUUCGACGGUUGUAUUUGGAGCGGUGUGUGAGACUCUGGCUGAAAGCUACUAAGCGUCUCAUUACUCGAAGCGGUGAAAAUUUUGUUCUGAAGUCUUAGGACCCAGAAGAAAGUUCUUCCAUUCAGAACUGUGGGACUAGUUUUAUUAUCAACAAUAUGAAAGGCUCUGAAGUUAGCCCUGAAAAGAAAAAAAAGGUUCAAAUACCACUGAGGAAACUUCGUGAGGUAGCUUCUCCAAAUCCGAGAGAUAAUUUGACUUUGCUGAAAGAUGAUUUGCCCUGCGUGCCUCCUGCGUUGUCUGCAAACAAACGUCUUCCUGUUAAAACGGGGACUGACUUGAAUGGAACAUUACAUGGUUCAUCAGAUUUAACAUCUGCUAGAAAUUAUCACCAGCCUCCACUAGAAAAUCUCACUAUGUCAGAAAGUAAUUUUUCUAAAGAUGUUGCAGCACAAGGGUUGCCUUUGCAUGAAACAGAAGAGAGUAACAGACAAAAAGCAAGUGACAUCUCUCUCUCUCAGUACACCAUGGGACAGAAGGAUGCUCUAAGAGCAGAGUUAAAGCAAAAAGCUCAAAACAUGCCUGUUUUUAAGGAAGUAAAGGUACAGCUUUUAGAAGAUGCAGGUGCAGAAAAGAACCCUGUUACUCAGGAGACUAGAACUUCACCCAGUGGAAUUGAUUCAGCUACAACUGUGGCUGCGGCAACUGCUGCUGCCAUUGCAACGGCAGCUCCACUGAUAAAAGUGCAGCGUGAUUUGGAAGCAAAAGUCAAUUCUGUUACAGAAUUACUUAAUAAAUUACAAGAGACAGAUAAACAGUUACAACGUGUUACAGAGCAGCAAACAAACGUUCAGAAUAAACAUGAGAAGCUUCAUUGUCGUGAUCAUGAAAAGCAAAUGAGUAUGUUUAUGGAGCAGCACAUUAAGCAUCUUGAAAAAUUACAACAGCAGCAAAUAGAUAUUCAGACUCAUUUUAUUAGUGCUGCACUCAAGUCUAAUAGUUUUCAGCCUAUGGGUAUACCCCCUUCCAGAGAAGUAGAAAAGUAUUUUGUAAAACCAGAACAUCCUAAUCUUGGUGGCAGUGAUGUAUCUUCACAUAACACCUUCACUUUCAAACAAGCACCCUUAAGAGAGGUUGAAGAUAUGGGUUUUGAUAAACAAAAAUCUUCUUUGGAGACACCAGCACCUCGCAGGUUUGCUCCUGUUCCUGUUUCAAGGGAUGAUAAAAUAUCAAAAAGAGAAAAUCCUAUGGAAGAAAAAGAAAAUAGAGAGAUGGCAGUUCACAGAGGAAAUGUAAGACUAUUGGAACAAAUUUUGAAUAGCCAUGAUACUCUGACAAGAAAAAAUGAAUCUUCAGAUAAAGCUUCACUAACUAUGUCAAACAUGGGCUGGAAUCCUGAGAGGGGAAACAGCAAUGGGACUCUACCUUCUCAAACAUUUCCUUCCUGUGAAGAACUAGGAACAACUACAGUGACCAUGCAGAAGUCUGGUGAUGUUCGUCAUGAUGUUGGCCAAAAGAAGAAUGAAACGAAUGGCAUACUUCAGCCAAAAGAAUCUUUGAUUAUGUCAAGGUUUGCUGAUCAGAAUCUAGUUAAAUUUCAGUCAACUAAAACAAGAUCUAUAUUGAAAGAUGCUGAGAAAAUUUUGAGAGGAGUACAAAACAAUAAAAAAGUACUUGAAGAAAACCUGGAAGCUAUCAUUCGGGCAAAAGAUGGAGCUGCCGUGUAUUCGUUUAUCAAUGCUCUGUCUGCCGACAGAGAGAUGUCAGAGAAGUUUCGGAUCAGAAAGACAGUAGAUGAGUGGAUAAAAACUAUUUCUGCAGAAAUUCAGGAUGAGCUCUCAAGAAAAGAUUAUGAACAAAAGAGAUUUGAUCCCAAGACUCUAAGGACCAAGAAAGCACAAAAUAUGAGUAAAGAUAUUAAAACCAACAUGCAAAACAAAACUGUAAAUAAUGCCGUAAUUCCAAGAAAACCUUCUCAAAAACAAAUAGAGGAACAUUUUAGAUAUCCACCUAUGAGGAACAUGCCCGCUUCAAGUUUACAGAAAGAGAGAAAAGAAGGACUUUUGAAAGCAACCACAGUGAAACAAGAUGAGAAUUAUAUGUUACAAAUUUAUGGAAAACCAGUUUAUCAGGGCCAUCGCACCACUCUUAAGAAAGGACCAUAUCUCAGAUUUAAUUCUCCUUCUCCUAAAUCCAAACCACAGAGACCAAAAGUAAUAGAACGAGUUAAAGGAACUAAAGUAAAGUCAAUAAGAACACAAACUGACUUUUAUACAACAAAACCUAUGAAGAUGGAUUCUAAAAUACAGCAUUCCCUUACUACCCUACCUCAUGUUGAUCAGCAGCAGUAUUUGUUUAGCCCAAGCAGAGAAAUGCCUACUCAUUCAGGUACACUAGAAGGUCAUCUAAUUCCUAUGGCAAUUCUUUUAGGACAAACUCAGAGUAACAGUGAUACCAUGCCACCUGCUGGAGUAAUUAUAAGCAAGCCACACCCUGUAACUGUGACUACUUCUAUUCCUCCAUCAUCUCGAAAACCAGAAACCAGUGUAAAGAAACCUAACAUAGCAGUUGUAGAGAUGAAGUCAGGAAAGAAGGAUCCUCCUCACCUUACUGUACAGGUAUUACCCAGCGUGGAUAUUGACAGCAUUUCAAAUGGUAGUAUUAGUGUCAGUCCAUCUCUUCCUAGUCCCGAAGAAGCAUCUUCUCCUCCUUUGAAAACCUGGAUACAGACUGCUGAAAUUAUGAAGGUGGAUGAAGAAGAGGUGAAGUUUCCAGGAACUAACUUUGAUGAAGUAAUUGAUGUCAUACAGGAAGAAGAAAAAUGCGAUGAAAUUCCAGAAUACUCUGAACCAAUUCUGGAGUUUAACAGAAGUGUUAAAGUUGUUUCUACAAAAUAUAAUGGUCCUCCAUUUCCACCAGUUGCUUCUGCUUUUCAACCCGCUGCUGAUAAUUGGGAUAAAGUAAUUGAGAGAAAAGAAACAUUGGAAAAUAGCUUAAUUCAGUGGGUAGAACAAGAAAUAAUGUCAAGAAUUAUCUCUGGGCACUUCCCAGCCCAGCAACAGGUCGCGCCUAAUGUCAGUGUUUCAGCCAGUGAGGAAAGUGAACCAUCGACCCCUGACAUUGUGGAAGGAGCAAGCGGUGGUACCCUCCAGCUUUUUGUUGAUGCAGGGGUUCCUGUGAAUUCAGACAUGAUUAGGCAUUUUGUGAAUGAAGCUCUUGCAGAGACCAUUGCUGUCAUGCUGGGUGACAAAGAAGGAAAGAAACAAGAUCUUGCUGCUGUAAGUGUCCCUGGAGACAUUUCAACAAGCGAAACAUACUUGCCGGCCAGAGUGUGUACCCCAGUGGCUACCCCACAGCCUACUCCUCCUCGCUCACCUUCAACACCUCCUAAGGAUCUUGUGUUGGUAAAAACCCCAGAAUCGUCUCCCUGUGUUUCAGAUCAUGAUGAAGCUUUUCCUGUGAAAGAACUGUUUGCUGAAAAAGGAAAUGAUAUGCCUGCCACCACGCUUGUUAAUACACCAACAGUUACUCCUACUACUACACCACCUUUAGCAGCAGCUCUUACCCCAACUUUGUCAGAAAUUUCCAUUGAUAAAUUAAAGAUAUCAAGCCCAGAGCUUCCGAAGCCAUGGGGUGAUGGAGACCUGCCUCUGGAGGAAGAGAAUCCUAACUCUCUUAAUGAAGAACCUGUUCAUCCAAGAGCUAUUGUAAUGUCUGUGGCUAAGGAUGAAGAACCUGAGAGCAUACAUGUCCCUGUUCCACCUGUACCUCUAGAGCCAAUUCCCUUGACACCCUUUCCUGAUGGCACCAAGGCCCCUUCCUCCGUACAGAUGCCAAGUUCAGAGUCAUCAACACUGGAGAGCACUACUGUCACAGAAACUGAAACUUCAGAUAGACCCAUCUCUGAAGGAGAGAUUUUAUUUAAGUAUGGUAAAAAAUUGGCUCCCAAGAUUUUAGGGGAUGGGGGACUAUAUCCGACAAAUCUGAAUGAUACCUUAUCCAGCACUCUAAACGAUGCCCUGGAAAUGGAAGAUGAUCAUCUCAGUGAAGGGCAAGUGAUUAGGAUGCCCCCUAAAAAAAUUCGUGAAGAUGCAAUUCUUUCUUUUCUUGCUAAACAAAACCAGGAAUCAUUGGUUUCAGAGCAAGCAAUUUAUCAUUCGGAGGACUUGGAAAACAGCGUGGGUGAACUUAGUGAAGGACAAAGGCCCGGGCUGGCCACAGCAGCAGAGAACAUCUUAAUGGGACUUUCUGUCUCUAUGCAGCAGCCUAUCGCUAAUGCAGAGUCUUUGAAUCAAAAAUGUGAUCCCAAGCCAUUAUCUCAGCAAUUUGACACCGUUUCAGGAGGUGUUUAUGAAGAUUCCUGUGCUAGUCGUGGUCCAAUGAGUUUGGGAGAAUUGGAGUUGCAGCCAGAUUCUAACUUCGUUCCUCCCACAACACUUCUGAUAGCACAAGAAAAUGAUGUUAAUUUGUCAGUAGCAGCUGAAGAUUUUUCUCAGUACCAACAAAAGCAAGACCAGGAUACUGAACACAAACAAGUUGAACACAAACCAACACAAAGUCGUUUAAUACAUGUAAGAAGUAAAUCUGACAUUUCACUUUCACAGCAACAAGCCUAACCGUUGUACCCAAAACCCAUUGACAUCAAGUCGAUUCGGACUCAUAGCAAUUCUGUCAAAACCAAAACCAAACCCACUGCUGUCAAGUCGAUUCCGACUCAUAGCAACCCUAUAGGACAGAGUAAAACUGUCCCACAGAGCUUCCGAUAGUAUAAUCUUUACAGAAGCAGAUUGUCAUAUCUUUCUCCCACGAAGGGGCUGGUGAGUUUGAACCGCCGACCUUUCGGUUAGCAACUGAGCACUUAACCGCUGUCCCACCAGGACUCCUUAACCAUUGUACAAUAUUAUUAGUAUUGUGUUUUAGAAUCCUUUGGAAAAUUGCCUGUAAAACUCUCCUCAUGGUGACUUAAAAAUUAAUCAUGACAGUAUGGAAAUUUGAGCAAAUAAAUGCUCCUAAGAUAAUAUCAGGACUGACUAGAUGUCUUUUAUUGAGUACUGUUACCAAUCACUAGUUUUUUUGUUUUUUUUUUUAGUUACCAAUCAGGGAGUCCCUGUGUGGCACAAACAGUUAAGUACUCAACUACUAGCCAAAAGGUUGUCUGUUGAAACCUAACCAGAGGUACAUUAGAAGACAGGCCUGGCAAUCUACUUCUGAAAGGUCACAGCCUUGAAAACCCUAUGGAGCAAUUCCACUCUGCACAUGUGGGGUCGCCAUGAGUCAGAAUCAGCAACUAACAGCAACGUUACCAUUCAUGAACAAUGACUGUUUAUUUAGUUCAGUUUUUUUUUUUUUUUGAAUACUUGUUUCUUAGCAUUAUAAAUGAGUUUUGUUUUCUCGUGGGAUGUUGUAGCUAAUAAAAUGAUCAUUUUUCUCACAGCUGAUAGGAAAAUACCUUUGUUUGGCAAGUUUUUUUUUUUUUUUUUUCCCCUCCGAUGCCCAACACAGGUUACUUAAGGCCCAUUUUAGUAAUCUUAUGACAUCAAUUAGCCUUUUGAACAUAGUAAACCACCCAAACAAAACCAAACAACAACAAAAAACCAUUGUUAUCAAGCAGGUUCCAAGCCAUGAUGACCUCAUGUGUUACAGAGUAGAACUGCUCCAUAGGGUUUUCUUGCCUUUAAUCUUUAUAGAGGCAGUUGACAGGCCUUUCUUCCAUGAUGCCCCUGGGCGAGUUCAGACUGUUUGCAUCACCCAGGGACCUGGUAAACAACCAAUGUUUCUCUAAAUAUGUAUACAUGGAUUUAAUAAAUUAAAUUUCCCCAUAUAUAUAAACACUGUAUAAUUUUAAAAAGCUUGCAAAUAUUAAAUUAAAAUCACAGGUCUAAUAUAUCAGCUUCUCAUUAGAUACUUUACUUAUUUAUUUAUCAGUUUCACAUCAGACCGUUAUGAUCCAUAGGGUUUUCUUUUUCAUUUCUUUUUUUAAUUUCUUUUUUUUGUUGUUGUAGUUGUUGAGGAUACAUACAACAAAACAUGCACCAAUACAAAGUUUCUACAUGUACAUUCAGUGACAUUGAUUAUAUUCUUUGAGUUGUACAACCAUUCUCAUUCUCCUUUUCUGAGUUGUUCCUGCCUCAUUAACAUAAAUUCAUGGCUCCCUUGGUUCCUAUCUGAUCUUUCCAGUUGCUUUUGUCAGUUAGAUCCCAUGUAGAUGGAUCUUAAAAGAGCACAAUGCUCGAGGCAGACGUUCUUUACUAGUUAAGCUAAAGUGUUGUCUGUUUUUGUUGUUGUACUUUAGAUGAAGGUUUAUAGAACAAACUAGCUUCUCAUUAAACUGUACAUACUGUUUUGUGACAUUGGUUACCAACCCCAUGACAUGUCAUCACUCUCCCUUCUCGACCUGGGGUUUCCAGUCACCAGUUUUCCUGUCCCCUCCUUCCUUUUAGUCCUUGCCCCUGGGCUGGUAUGUCCCUUUAGUCUUGUUUUGUUUUAUGGGCCUGUCUAAUCUUCGGCUGAAAGGUGAACUGCGGGAGUGACUUCAUUAUUGAGCUAAAAGGGUGUUCAGAGACCAUAUUCUCAGGGUUUCUCUAGUCUCUGUCAGGCCAGUAAGUCUGGUCUUUUUUUGUCAGAGUUUCGUUCUGCAUUUUUCUCCAGCUCUGUCUGGGACACUCUGUUGUUAUCCCUGUCAGAGUAAGUUGGUGGUGGUAGCCGGGCGCCAUCUAAUCGUACUGGACUUAGUCUGGUGGAGGCUGUGGUAGUUGUGGUCCAUUAGUCCUUUGGACCAAUCUUUCCCUUGUGUAUUUAGUUUUCAUCAUUCUCCCUUGUUCCCAAUGAGGCGAGACCGGUGGAGUAUCUUAGAUGGCUGCUCACAAGCUUUUAAAACCCUAGAUGCUACUCACCAAAGCAGAAUUGUAGAACAUUUUCUUUAUAAACUAUGUUCUGCCACUUGAGCUAGAUGUUCCCCGAGACUAUGGUCCCCACAGCCCCCAAGCCAGUGAUUCAGUCCCUCGGGGAGGGUCUCAGGGAGGGAAUUUGGAUGUAUCUGUGGAGUUUACAUGACCUUGCCUUGUACAAGUUGUGCUUGUUUCUGUUUGGUAAGAUCUUUAGGAAUUUGAUAAUUGUUUUCAGCUUCAUCCAUAUCAAUGUCUGACCAAAAAUGGCAACAGUUAAAUUUUUAUUGACUUACAAAAAUGGCAUUAAAUAGUGUCCAACUGACAUUUAGUAAGUCAGUAAAAAUCAUAAAAGAAGUAAAAGAAACCAAGGUGAGCCAAUAGGAAGUUUUAUUUAGAAAGGGUUUAGACAAGUUGGAGUAAUACGUUUCAAUUUUUUGCAUUUAAUUUUACAUCUAAUGCAAUAUUAGGAGAACAGAACUAUAUUAACCUUACUAAUAGUGAGCUAUAAAUAGAGUAUUUUAAAAAGAAGCCAAGUCUUUCACUGUAUUAUUGGCACACACCUGCGUACUGAGCAUUUCUUGAAUGAAUUUGAUUGCCUUGGUAAAUAUAGUUGGUUAUGAUUUUUUCCCAAAAGUUUUGUGGGUUUUAUCUUUUACUCUGCUGAAACUCUGAGACAUUGCCAAAUGUUUCAGAGGGUAGGAGAGACAGAGUGCCAAAAUAAUCUUUUAGGGCACUUAGGACUUUAGGUGACUUUGAAGGAAUUCAAUCCUGACUUAUACACAGAAGUCUUGAAUAUAAUGAAAGAAAUUCACCUUAUUGCAAGAGAAUCAAAACCACGUCUUUUCUGGCAGAUGCAUGCUUCUAAGUGUACUUGAACCCAGAUUAUGGCUAUUUCAGAGGGAAGUAUCAUCUAUUUAACUUUGAAGUGCAUAGUAGUUUAAUGUGUGUGUAUAAAGAAAUCAAGCAGUUUACUAGCAGUGGCAGCUCUUUCAACAAUCAUCCAUUAAAAAUUGACCAAAGAUGUGGUAGUACAUAGAUUCCAGCACUAUGUUGCCAGGAAAUCUGUAAAAUCCUUGUUUUUUCCCCUUGAUUGUAACUUUCAGAAUUUAAUACAGAGGAGAGGGUUUGAAUUGAUUGUUCUGACAGAUGAUAUCUUUGGAAUCUAAGACUAAAGCCCUUUCAUUUGGUAUUGAAUUCUUUGAAUAUAUUUUUGACCACAUGGUACUGCUUAUUUAAUUCUAUAUCCUGAUUGAUGUGUCUAACAGUUUUAUAGUAAAAGCAACUUUUUAAAAAAAGUGAUUUUAAUGAGUCAUUUCUAUUGUUUUCCUUUUACUGUGCAAGUUAACUUUUAUUGCAUUUUUUACUGUGCAAGUUAACUUUCUUCAGUACAAAUGAGAGACUACUUUUAAAUCCAUUUAUUUGCUAUGAACCCAGGAACAAUUAAAUACUAUAAAGUGGUAUAUUAAAAUACACUAUCUUUGGAUAGUUUUUCUCUUAAUUUUUUAAGACCAUCAUAAUAAAAUAGCAAUUAGAAAGCCAAGCAUGCUAUAUACCUACUUCUCACUUAUCAACUAUCUCAUUAUCUGACAAAAAUAUCUACUAUCCAGCUAUUUUGCACAUUAACUAUGGACAUCUGGCAGUAACUAAUGUCAAGCUGUGAUGGUUAAAGUUAUGUUUCAACUUGGCUGGGCCAUGAUUCUCAGUGGUUUGGCAGUUAUGUAAUGAUGUAAUUGGCAGUUAUGUAACGAUUUAAUCGUCCUCCAUUUUGUAACCUGAUGUGGUCAUCUUCCAUUUUUGUGUAAUGCUGAUUUUCAUAUAAUGACCCUGUAUUUGGAACCUAACUGUGUCAGUAAGUGAGGAGUGGGUAUACUACACUCAGUGGGUAAAAAAUCAGACCAUAUGUUUUAUGCUUAAAUCUUGGGACAGAUUGGAUUGUUAAAGUUGCUUGAGAAUCACAGCUUUCUUCAGUUUUCUUAUUUGUGGAUUAUAUAUGUUACUCAGAAAAGAUGUAUCAAAGUCCUAAAAGUAAUAGAUGUAAUUACAGUAAUCAGUUUACAUUUUUGCGGGAAAUAUACUUAAAGAAUCAUAGAUGUUUCCUUUUGGCAUCAUGUCCUGAGUUUAAUUUCUGGUCAUCUUUGCACAUUUUAUACCUCUCAAACUGUGAUUGUAACUUUAAAUAUGUGAGAAUUAAGUAAUUCAAAACUUUAUAUAUAUGUAGAAGCUAUUUCUGACCACAUGUACAAAUGAAAUCAUUCUUGUUAUUUAAUAAAGUGGUAAGUUUUUUGCCUUUGUAUUUGAAAUAUAGCUAAAUUACAAUAACAAUCAGAAUUAUAACUUCAAUUUUAAUAAUUCCAAAACCACAUUUUAAAGUUUAUUUUGAUUUUUUUCUUUUAAGGUAUGGCAGUGAUUUCAAAACCAUAUGUAUGAAUCCCUGAUGGGGAGGAGAUGGGGCUAAGUUUUACAUAAAUCUGUGCUGUUUUUUAUUAAUGAGAUAGAAAUUCAUUUUAAAAUGCUGUUGAAUUUGGGGAUUGUUUCCACCUAGGAUGUAGAAAAUGCAAAGAGUGUCGCUUCCAGCCUAACUAUAGUAAGAUGCCUGAUAAGCUAAAAAAAAAACCUUAACAUUUUUGUUUUCGUCUUUUUCAUUGUUGUUGAUUUUGUAUUUGCUGAGUCUUUAUCUUUUUCUUGUUUUUUAUUUUGAUGUGUAGAAUGUUAGCUUCCUUGUGGUUACUUUAAUAUUUACCUCUAUUUUUCUGAGUUUAAGCCAAUCUUUUAUUUCUUGAUCUCACCUUGACUUCCUCUCCAGAUGAAAGAUCUGUGACUACAUUAUUUAGUCCCUCCUUUUUGUUUUAAUGUGGUCAUCUUUAACAUAUUGAUGUCUCUGCUUUAGCUUUGAUUUAUUUGUGACUUUCCUAUCUGGGUUGAGAUCUGGUUGUUCUAUCCUGUAUUUUGGUCUUGGGUUGUUAUCUGAUGUUACUGAUUUUCUAACCAGAGGACUCCCUUUAGUAUUUCUUGUAAUUUUGGUUUGGUUUUUACAAAUUCCCUAAACUUCUGUUUAUCUGGAAAUGCCCUAAUUUCACCAUCAUAUCUGAGGGACAGUUUUGCUGGAUAUAUAAUUCUUGGCUGGCAAUUUUUUUCCUUCAAGGCUUUGUAUAUGUCAUCCCAUUGCCUUCUUGCCUGCAAGGUUUCUCCUGAGUAGUCUGAGCUUAGUCUUAUUGACCCUCCUUUGUAAAUGACUUUUUAUUUAUCCCUAGCCGCUCUUAAAAUUCUCCCUUUAUCUUUGGUUUUGGCAAAUUUGAUUUUAAUAUGUCUUGGUGACCUUCUUUUGGGAUCUACCUUGUGUGGGGUUUGAUGAGCUUCUUGGAUAGGUAUCUUCUCAUCUUUCACAAUAAUAGGGAAGUUUUCUGCCAGCAAAUCUUCAACAAUUCUCUCUGUAUUUUCUGUUAUCCCCCCUGCUCUGGUAUUCCAAUCACUCUUAGGUUAUCCCGCUUGAUAGAGUCCCACAUAAUUCUUAGGGUUUCUACAUUUUAUUAAUUCUUUUAUCAGAUUUUUCCUCAGAUAAGUUGGUGUCAUGUGUUUUAUCUUCACUCUCACUAAUUCUGGCUUCCAUUGUCUCACUUGUGCUCCUAUGACUUUCUAUUGAGUUGUCAAAUUCUGAAAUUUUAUUGUUAAUCUUUUGGAUUUCUGUUUGCUGUCUUUCUGUGGAUUCUUGCAGGCUGUUGAAUUUGUCAUUAUGCUCUUGUAUAACCUUCUUGAGUUCCUUUAUUGCUCUGCCUCUUUAUUCUGCAUUUUGCCUGAUUUCCUUCCUGAUCUCUUAAAGAGCUCUAUAUGUUAAUCUUUUGAAUUCUCCCUCUCCUAAUUCCAAGAAAUUCUCAUUCUCCAAAAGACUUCUUGAUUUUUUGUUUUGGGCACUUGCUGAAGCCAUCAUGGUCUGCGCCUUUAUGUGAUUUGAUAUUGACUGUUGUUUCUGAGCCAUCAGUAAAUUAUGUUUGUUUAUUUUGUGUUUGCUUACUGUGUCUUAGCUUCUUGUUUUGUUUUGAUAUGCCCAAAUAGGCUGCUCAUGUGAGCUAGUUUGAUUAUUGGUGCCUUUGAAGCUCUCACAUCCUGUCACGAGGUGGUUAGAGCUGUUACUAGAUGUGUGAGCUCAACAGACCAUUUACGCUUCUUGUACAGCUUCAGCUCAGGUAUCCAAGUAGUCAGUCUCCAAGUGUGUGGUGCAGGCACUUACCUGCAGUCUUAGAUGGGCAAGGAUGAUUGGAGUAGGCACAGGUACCUGGCUGCCGUAGGGGGUCAUGCAUUGAGCAAGGCAUGGGUCUGACAGCUGCCCAUGAGUGUCUGAGAGGAAAGCGUGUCCCUGUUCCCUAGAGCAUGUAGGUGGGCGGGUUUUGCAGCCGGACUAUGGGCACCUAGUGCUGUUGUCUGUAAGGACUGGGAAGCACCACUUACUCUUAGACCCCUGUCACAGGUGGCUAAAUGACAUGAGUGGAGCCAUCAGUCCUCAUGCCCCUGAUGUAAGUGAGGAUCCUGCUUAAUGGGCAGAGCAGUGUCAAAUGUCACAAACCUGCCACUCUCCCAUAUAGCUGGUACAGUUGAAAUUAGUCUUCAGGUCUAUACCCUGUUGUACUGUGCUAAUGAGGGCCUGUGCUGUUGAAAUGGGCCCACACAGGUCUAUGCAGGGGUGAAAGAUAUUCAAAGUCUGUGGACCCCUUAUGCCUGUGCCUAACCAAAAGAGCUGUGCCUGCCCAGAGUUCCUGGCUUAGGGGAGCUGGCAGAUUUUUUUUUCCCGUUUGUUAAUUUGUUCCCUCUCCAAAGCUGGGAAAAUGGCUCAGGAUGCACAACGGGUCCUACUUCCAGCCAGGGGACACGGCAGUCACUGAAGCCAGCCUGGACCCAGCACAGAGUGGGUAGGGGACAGGUAAAUGGGAAAGAGGUUCUUCCCAAAGGGAAUAGUCUUUGACAUAUGCAGUAGGUUAGAAGCAUGUACUUAUCUUUUGCCGAAUGAGUGGCUCUUCUCGCUGGUUCUGGAGGAUUGAGCAGACUUUCUGCCACUUGGUCUCUCCCGAUGUGGAAAACAUGUCCUUAGUGCCGUUGUUUGCCUCAACAGGCACACCAGCUGAUCCAGCCUGUAGUAUGCCGUUUCCUUCCGGGUCAGGUCUGGCAACUCCUCACUGCUUCUGAAAUGUUCCCUCCCUCACCCUGCCACUCAGUCCUAUCCCUCAACUUUAUCUUUGAUGUUCAGGGCUCCUAGAUCAUCAUAUAUAAUCGAUUCACUUGUUUUUUCGGGUCUUUGUUGUAAGUGGGACCAUGGGAAGCAUCUGACUACUCCGCCAUCUUGGCCCUGCCCUUGCAUAAUAUUUUUGAACCCAUCAGAAAGUUGGUGAUGCAGAGCAACUAAUUAGCCUAAAAUUCAAGGAAGACAGACUCCUUCAAAACGAGAUGGGACGUAAGCACUGGCUUUCCUGUGCCAGAGCACAGAAGUAAGAGACAUUGGGCAGUUAAGAAGAGUUUGUUAAGAAUUUUUAAUGGCUUGCUAAAGGUAUAGAACCACUGGGAGCUACAGAUAUAAGAGGAGUUGUAGGUCCUUCUCCACAGACCUCUAGAGAAAAAAAGACUGGGGGUAGGGAAAAAGACUGGAGACAGUCUCCUUUAGUUAUACAAGCCUGGAAGAAGGGAGUGGCUGCCACUGCCAGAACAACUAGAAGCCUCAAUUGGAACCUUCUACUGUAGGAGCAAAAGCAUUAAGCCACUGGGGGAGAGACAGGAGACCUGUCAUCUCCUGUGUAUAGAUGAAAACUCAUUGUGGCUGGGGGAAGGAUAAAGAAAGAAAUAUCUCCACUCUUGAGGGAGAGGAACAAAAUAGUCUUGAGCCAAGGAUCUUCUGUGAGUACCUUUGUUAAAGGUCCGUUAUUGCUGGGGGAAGAGUAAGAGACUCUCUUGUCCAAAACCUGCUGAGGUUGGCUGCCACAGGGAGGAGAGGUCAUUUAGAAAGCCUCACAGGGAGGACAGGCAAGGUCACCUAGAAAGCCUCACCAUGGCUGGACCAGGACAACAGAGAAUCACCGCUUCCCCACCCCCCAUGAGACCACAAGUACUAACAGGCAAAACCAGUCUACUAUUGGGUGAGGGACGAGAGUCUAGAGAAAAAUCCCUCUAUGGUACAGGUGCACAGUGAAGGCUGAAAGCUUAUGUUGUAACAGGAACAUUGAGAAAAACCCUUCAGCAGCCUAGUGCCCACACUAAGGACAAAGUAAUACUAGAAGAUUUUGAAGCCAGUGGUACACUUAAGUUUACCAUAGCAACAAAACUCCAAGCCAGUUUAACUCCUAAUUUGAUUGACUCAACCCCUCACACUAAUGGCCUAACUAAAAAAGAGGCAUGCCAAUUUUCUAAGCAUAAAUACUGUUUACCUCAGUUUCUAAUGUCCUAUGCACAUUAUCCCUUAUGAACAUAGAUACAAAGUUCCUCUACAAAAUAUUAGCACAUUGAAUCUGCCUAUAUAGAAAAAGACAGUAAGUCAUGGCCAAAUGAGGUUUAUUCCAGGAGUGCAGUUCUUGGUCAGCAUUCAAAAAGAUCAGUCCAUAUAAUUCACCAUAUGAACAGACUAAAGAAGAAAAUAAAAGAGCAUCUCAGUAUUCAGCAUUGUCAUGAUUAAAAUUCUCAGCACACUUGGAAUUAAAGGACAGUUCCUCAGCCUGUUAAAGGACAUCUACAAGAAACCUACAGCUAGCAUCACACCUAAUGGUGAAAGACUAAGUAAUAUUUAAAAUUGGGAACAAGGCAAGGCUGUCUGCUCUCACUACUCCUGUUCAUCAUCACACUGGAGAUCUUACCUAAUGAAGUAAUGCAAGAAAAAAAACAUACAGAUUAAAAAAAAAAAAAAACAGAUUAGAAAGGAAUAAAUAAAUUUUUUUCUGUUCAAAGAUUCAUGAUUGUCUAUGUAGAAAAUUCCACAAGGGCUACAAAAAAGUACUAGAAUUAAAGUGUGAUUUUAGCAAGUUUACAGGCUAUAAUAUCACUACAGAAAAAUCAGUAGUAUUUUUCUGUACUAGCAAUGAGAAAUUGAAAAUUGUAAUUUAAAAGCACCAUUUAACAUAGCAACAAAAAGCAUGAAAUACUUUGUUGUAAAUCUAAUAAAAUAUUUGCAAGAUCUGAGGCCUAGAAACUACAAAAAUACCUAAUGAGAGAAAUCAAAGAAGACGUAAAUAAAUGGAGAGAGAAUACUGUGUUUAUAGGGAUUAAAAAAACCAAACCCAUUGCUGUCUAGUCAAUUCUGACACAUAGUGACCCAAUAGGACAGAGUAGAACUGCCCCUAUAGGGUUUCCAAGGAGCACCUGCUGGAUUCAAACUGCUGACUUUUUGGUUAACAGCUAUAGCUCUUAACCGCUAUGCCACCAGAGUUUCCUUAUAGGGAUUAGAAGACUCAAAGCUAUUAAGAUGCCACUUCUCCCCAAGUUGUACUUUAGAUUCAGUGUAAUCUCAGUCAAAUUUCCAGAAAGGAUUUCUGGUAGAAAUUGACAAGCUGUAUCUAAAACUCCUAAGGAAAUGCAAGGGACCUAGAAUAACCAAAAUAACUUUUAAAAUGAAAAUUUGAAGGAUGUAUUCUAUCUACUCCAAGACUUAUUACAAAGCUGUGGUAACCAAGGCAGUAUGAUAUUAGCAUAAAGACUGACAAACAGGUCAGUAGAAUGGAAUGGAGACUCCAGAAAUACUCCACACAUAUAUGAUCAUUUAAUUUUUCACAAAUGUCAAAGACAAUGGGCAAAGGAUAAUCAUUCCAACAAAUAGUGUUGGGACAGGUGGUCAUCAUGUGCAAAAAAAAAAAACUUUGACCC